ACAGUUCCCGUCGGGAAAAUGCUUAACCGGUUGCCAAACCAGUAAUUUACCAAUACUUUUGGAGAGUUGUAUUACUAUCUGACUGGCUUCGCCGGGCUAUGGGAGUUUUUUAAACACGAUACGGAGAAAAUAGCAGCGUGUAGUGAAUUUGAAUAUUCAGACGGUGCUAAAAUUCACGCUUAGGAAUUAUGAGGGAUUACUACACAACGUGUGGUUUUAGGAAUUCACUUCUAACUCUAAUAUCUACGUCACAAUGGAUUAUUCUAUCGAUUCUCUUUCUGAUGACCGGACAAGGGAGUGGUCAGAUAUGCAACACGCCUAAUUGGAGAGAAUUUGGCAAGAACCAGUACCUUUUCGUGAAUGAUCCGGGUAGAACAUGGAAUAAUGCUAAGGAAUAUUGUCGUUCACAGGGCGGAGACCUCGCAGUUAUAACUUCUCAUGAACAAAACUCUUUCUUGAACACUUAUACACUGAAACGCCCGAAUGGAUAUAACUACUGGAUAGGCCUGAGUUACAAAGAUAGUGACGGGAAAUACACGUGGGUAAACAACACGCCAUCAGGGUUUUCAAACUUAAGACCCCAGGGCCAGCAAGGAGGAUGUGUUCGGCUCACGACCAGUCACUCGGGACAAUGGGAGGGCAGCAACUGCGCAGAGGGACGUGUUCAUAUUUGCCAGCGUGAUUCAGAUCCUCGUUGUUCUUGGCACCAGUACGGGCAAUCAUUCUACCGCUUCAUGGGAAAUGGGAGGAGUUUUGAUUCAGCACAGACUGAAUGUACGAACAUAGGAGGAAGAUUGGCGAUUAUCAGAUCAACGGAAAUUAACACAUUUCUAGAAUCGUUUGUAACACCUGCUCUUCCAUCCCCUCAUUGUUACUGGUUUGGCCUAAGUCGAAGCUCGGAUAGUGAGCCAUUUAUCUGGAAUGAUGGUAAUAACUUGAGCGACCCUCAAUGGGCUCCUGAAGAGCCAUCAAGCUCCACCAUGUCUAUAGGACGGUCCUGUGGAUGUUUAUGGUCAGAUCGAAACAGCGAUGGCAAUCACGGUCGAUGGGACAGUCGGAUUUGUGAAGACGCACUGCCUUACAUCUGUGAAAGACCACAAAUCCCACUUGAUGGAAAGUGGAUAGAAAUGGCAGCAGUGAAAGAUGUGCAGUAUUACUUCUCAACAUUUUCAUCGAAUUAUUUCAAUGCAAGCGAGUAUUGUCGGCAAAUAGGAGGACAUCUGGCGCAAUUGAAAACAUCAACCAUUGACACAGCAGUGACAACUCAAUUUGAAAAUAUGCAGGUCUACAGGUUUUUCUUCGGGCUAGAUGAUCUGAGUAACGAAAAUAAUUUUCGAUGGGCUGAUGGCACGUUAUUGAGCAAAACGGGAUAUUCAACAUGGAUUGGGUCAAACCCGGAUAAUUAUGCAGGGUACGAGCAUUGUGUGGAGAUGAAUCACAACGGUGGUUGGAAUGAUCGAUAUUGUAGCGAUCGAUUACGAUUUGUGUGCGAGAAACCAGAAGUACCUCCACUUCAUUUGAUUGCGAUGACGUCAACACCUUUCGGGAGCCCCGGGAACGCUCCAACUUUCUCUUGCGUACUCUCACCGGACAACACACAGAAUACCAUAACCUACAUAGAGAGGGUAGUUAGACCAAGCCUCACUCCUGGAGGCUACACACUGAACGUACCGGGCUCGGAGGUAACUCUAAAUGGCGGACUAACACAGAACCUACCUGAUGAAGCGACGGCUGUUGGCGUUUAUAAGUGCUCCACUACAUCUACAAUCACCGGUACUUCAACAUCAGCAGAUGUGACAAUUCUCUCACAAGAAAGACAUUUUCAACCAAGUGACGGUCGCCUCACCAAAACAGUUUAUCCCGAUGAUGACAUCACGCUCUCAGUGUCUACCACUGAUAGCUACGCAUCAGGGACGGCUGAAAUCCGGUGGAGCACAUUCUCAAACUUUGCAGAAGGAUCUUUAUCUCCAACUGGAGAUGGAGCUCUGACCUAUACCAUUCGUUCAGCAUCUAAGAGGAAUGCAGAUGUCUACGGAACAUUCGAAAACAAUGCAGUGGACAACCGUCUUUACAGCUUGAUUCGCGUCAUAGUUAGUGAAUGUCCCCGUGGCCGAUGGAACCUAUCGUUAUGUGAUCGUCUGUGUGAUAACUGCUACAAUGGAGGAAUCUGUCAUCCUCAAUCAGGAACGUGUAUCUGUCCUCCAGGAUUCAUGGGCAAGAACUGUUUAACUGCAUGCGGGAAACACCGAUUUGGAUGGGAAUGCGAGAUCGAAUGUGGUGACGGGAAAGUCUUGGAUGCUUGCAGCGGAAGUCAGAUCUGCCUACCCGAUCCUUAUGGAUGCAACUGCCUCUCUGGUUAUACAGGAAUAUACUGCAAUAAACAAUGUACUCCAGGAAAGUUCGGUGUUGACUGCCUUCAAUACUGUCACUGUGCUGGAGGGAUACCAUGUGAUGCUUUCACUGGAAGAUGUGAAGGAAGCUGCGAGGAUGGUUGGUCAGGAGAAGGCUGUCAAGUUCCACCCGUGUGUCCUGUUGGUUACUCUGGAAUCAAUUGCACGGAGUUCUGUAACUGUCCUGAUCUGUCAGAAUGCGAGAAGGAUUCUGGGUUAUGUACAUCAUCAGAGGGACAAUGUGAGGUUGGGUUUGUCGCUGAAACACCUGAAAAGCCAGACAGAUGUGCUACAUUUGUUGGGUGUUUUGAGUCCUGUUCUAAGACAUGCCAUUGUGCUGCUACCGUCACGUGUGACGAGUCGGGUUCGUGCACUUCAUGUCAUCCACGAUGGUCGGGAGGCAAUUGCCAAACAGAUCGUUUUACCGCUACUAGAGAAAAGACGAAUCCAGGCACUGCAAUCAUUUCAUGCACAUUCGCUACCAAUUCAGACGGUGGUCUCUCCAUGAGAGCUGCUAUUGGGGACUUCUCAACUGAAAGCUUCGUUACUGCUUCUACUGACUCAAGCGAUGGAUCAUCGAUGCAAUCGAACUUUACAUUUUCCGUUGAUGACAUAGAAACUAAAACGAUUUACUGUUUCGUUGGGAAUUCAACCAGUGACGAUGGAUUUGCUUAUAUCAGCUUGCUCCCUCAGGAGACAUUUGUUCUUCCGGUCUUCAACAGCCAGCCUAGGUUAGCGGAGCAAGGUUACAAUUAUCUGGUUAUUGCAUGGGAUUCUUGGAACCCUGGCGUUGAUGUUGGAGAUGGCCCUGUCAUCGGUUAUAAAGUAUACGUUACCUCUUCGGAUGGAAACGAAACAGUCACUUUUAUUACCGCAUCAGGUGUCCCAAUAGAGAGGGGAUCUUCAAGAAGAAAACGAGAAGAUGCACGAUGGAUGAAUUCUCUAAAGGUCGGACCUCUAGGGAAUGUGUCAUCAAGGAAGAAGAGACAAGGGGAUGCAGGAACACUGAUGCACAACGUUACUGGUCUGGAUGAUGGUCAGUCGUAUCUGAUUCAGAUUUCAGCAGUUCGUGAUGGUCUGAACGGCGAAGGUGAAAAGGGUCCAGCUCUUAGUGUGACAACUCGAAAAAUAGAACCCCCUCCGGGACCUUCUGCAACUGGUGCUGCUGUAGGUGGAGCAGUCGGUGGAAUAAUCUUCCUCGUGCUGCUGAUUGUCAUCAUAAUAAUUGUACUACGAUGGAGAAGAAGAAAACCUCGCCCUAAGCCGGUUUCCUACUCAUAUGAUAAUGAUUACAUUGGCGGCAUUUCAACAGAGGAUGAAACUGGAAAAUCUAACACACCAAACUCCACUGACACACUAAAAUCAACUCUAAAUGUGACACCAAAUAAACCUGUCGUACGACCAAAGCCCUCUAUCGCAGCCGAACCGCCGGUGACUUCCAACGGUGUAGACCAUGCUGAUGUGCCGGUCUCCGGGUCAAAAGAACCGCCAAAGGAGCGUCAUCCAAUACCAAUGUCGCAGUUUGCCACACUAGUUCAGAACAAUAGAUAUACAGAUAUGUUCUACGAAGAAUUCCAUUGCCUACCUGAAGCAAACAUCUUUCCUCAAACGGUUGCCAAGAAGAAGAUCAACUUUGAGAAGAACAGAUACAAGAAUAUCUUGCCAUACGAUUCAUCAAGAGUUGUCCUGCCGAUCAUAAACGAAGACCCAGAAUCCCAUUACUUCAACGCUUCAUAUCUGCCGAGCUUUGUAAAUGAGCACGCUUACAUAGCCUCACAAGGCCCGAAUAAUGCGAGCAUGAUUGAUUUCUGGCGGAUGGUAUGGCUGGAGAAUGUAAAAACAAUUGCCAUGGUCACGAACCUCCAAGAAGGAAACAAGAUAAAAUGUCGUCAAUACUGGCCUGAAUCGAAAUCUGUGACCUUUGGUGAAAUCCUUGUAAAGUUGGAGUCUGUUACGAAUUGUACCGGAGGAUUAAAGAGAACAAUGUACUUGACAAAGGGUGCCGACACCAAAGUUGUGAACCAGUUCCACUUUACUCAGUGGCCAGACAAAGCAGUUCCAAACAGCACAAGUGCUCUGCUUAGAUUUAUUGAUGAAGUGCAGAAGGAUCAUAGUCAAAAUGACUCUCCUCUACUGGUUCAUUGCAGUGCUGGAGUUGGAAGGACUGGUGUUGUGUUGAGCAUCGACAGUGUGGUAGCUGAAGCAAAGAGAACAAAUCAAGUGGAUAUCUUUGGAUACGUGUCCAAGAUGAGACAACACCGUCCUUACAUGGUGCAGACACAGGAGCAAUACAAGUUUGUGUACAUUGCAGUCCUGGAAGCUCUCUUGUCUGAAAAUACCAGAAUCCAAGCCUGCUACUUCGAAUCUGCAUUGAUGAAACUUCAAGUAGUAACCAGAAACAAAAAAGGGAUGUCCACUCUACUGGGCAAACAAUUUCAGAACCUGACGAUCGUUUGCCCGGAUCCCCCAGCAGCAAUGGUAAGAUCUGGUACACAGGCUGAAAAUCGGUCAAAGAGUCGAUAUGCCAACAUUCUUCCCCUGGAAAGGAGCCGUGUUAUUCUGCAAUCUAGGAACUCUUCGGAUUCUGACUUCAUCAACGCCAGCUUCGUUAAGGGCAUUCGAUACGGAUUCAUCACAACACAGAUGCCCAUGCCGAAUACCGUAGGUGAUUUCUGGUCAAUGGUAAUCGACUAUCAACCCGCGGUCAUUGUUAUGCUCAAUGAUGACAGCCGUGAUAAGAGUUGCGCUCAAUACUGGUUCGACAAUAGCGUUACAACAUUUGGAUCUGUCUCUGUAACAACGCUGUCAGUCUGUGAGAGAGAAGGGUUCAUUAUCAGAGAGCUUCAAGCAACUCGUGACAACUCACAGGUUUGUCACGUUGUGAAGCAGUACCAGUUCCUGGAGUGGCCAGCUAAAGCAAAACAACAAAGAGACCGUGCCAAGAGUCUCCUUGGUUUCAUUAGAGAGGUUGAGGAUUCUUUCAGCGACGUUUCAGAGGAGUUCCCGGUCGUUGUUCACUGUCUGAACGGUGUUGGUCGAACUGGUGUCUUUUGUACAACUCUAGAGUGCAUUACGCAGUUGAACACAGAGGACGCAGUUGAUAUAUUUCAACGGGUCAAGAUGCUCCGGAAUGAGAGGACGCACUUUGUACAAACGGAGGAAGAAUACUCUUUCAUCCACGAGCUGAUCAAUGAAUACCUACAUGAAAAUAACUACGAGCAGCUACCAGCACCGGUAGAGGAUGAGGAACACACGUACGGGAACGUGGAGUCUACCGCAGCCCCGGAUGUGACGGGCGAGGGCGUGUAUGAGAUAGCAAGCAUCCGAGAUGGCGCCGGGAACAGGCCCGAGUCAUAUGGUAACCUUGCAGGAUUAGAAGGCAGGCAGAGUGUUGCUGCUGCAGAGCAAAGUAGGUCUGAGGAACGAAAAGCUCAGCCACCGAGAGAUGAUGUCUAUGAAAAUGUGAAUUACCGGUAAUACUAAGAAUAUAUAUAUCCGGUAGAAAACACCAACACCUCUUGAAACACUUCAAUUUGGGUGUAUAUUUUUUUUUAAUUAAAAUGUGACUUGGAGUUGCAUAAAAAGCUCUAAAUUGGAAAUCACAAAUGAAAGUCACAUAUUCAUAGCAACAAAUACUAUAACAUACAGUGUCCGUUUAAAACAAAAAAAAACAUUCACUUUUGGAGGCUCAUUAAUCCAGGUUAUUUGCCAUAAUUAGGGCAGCAUAUGCAUGUAUAUGUUACAAGGUUUGUAGGGGUGCAAUAUCUAGUGUGCCAUUGUCCGAGUUAAUAUAAGGAACUGUGCUGGUUCACAGCAAUUAAACAGUAUGAUGUUUGUCUAAAUAGGCGUACACAUUUUUUCUGAUUAUUGGAGACAUACACCUUUUGAAAGUGUAUGUCGUGUAUAUAAGGUUUUUGAGCCAUCAUCUAAAGAUAUGAAGUCAAAAGGCUGUGUCCCAUCAGAAAAGAAUCGGAAAAUUACACGUUUAUUGUCAAAUAUCUGAUAAAAUAGUGUAUUGCAUUAGUGAUUCUUGAUAAAGAGUAUUACUCUGGAAAAAGGUAAUCGAUUAGUUAACUUUAAAUUACUAAUUCAAAGUUGACUAAUGUAAACAUUUGCGGACUCAUUCUUAUCAAGGUUAUAUGUUAUAAAAAAUACAAAAUAAAAAUAGUAGGUUCAUAAGUAAAGGUAUUAAUUAUGAGUGCGUGUGUGUGAAGGUGUGUGCGUGCAGACAUUGUCUCCAUAUUAUAGUGCAGCUUGGCUGUCUUAUCUGAAUAAAACUUUCCAUUACUCCUUGUCUUAUUAUUUCAAAUAAAUCUGUUCAUUCUCGCUUUUUUCUAUCUCUCCAUAUUUUGAAAAAUAAAUUUUGUGCAAAUUAUAUGAAUGCAAUAAUUCUUGUCCAUGUUCAUAGUUGUGAUAUCGCAGAUUUUCAAGUGAGUGUAUGUAUGUUGUAUAUUGUCAUAACUAUGCUAUAUGGUGUAAAGAUUUCUUUUGUAGGUUUCGAAAAUUUAUGAAAUAUUUUGACAACGGAACAGUACUUUGAACUUCAUCUCUCCAUAGCACGAAUAUUGCCCCAUAGGCCUAUUCUUGCUCGUUUGUACUACUAAUGUUAUACAGUCAUGUUAUAGCUAUCACCAAUCCUUCAGAUUUUUCAGAGCGAGACCAUUAUUUUCAUGGCUCUAACCCACUCGUUUUUUCCGAGAUGUUACUUCUCGAUUAUCGCUCUGCAGCCAUGGCAGCGUUCGAACAAAAGUUCAACUACGAUCUUUUUUAUCGCAUUGCAAGAAAGUAAAGAAUAAAGGCGUUUAAUGUUCAUCGUACGGGUGAGAUUUUUCAGGUACACUAUCCAGAGUAAACAAUGUACGAUGUACUUUAUAUAAGAAAAAAAAUAGUUGAUUGCGAUAUAUUGAAUUUAUGGAUGACUCGUAAUUUCAGCUUCAAAGUUUGAAUAACAUUUCCUUUUUCAUUACAAUUUGGAGUUGUCCUUCAUGGAACUAAAUGAGUGUUUGUAUUCGUGAUUGAGUUUUUGUGAUGUACUUAGAGAUAUAUGUUUUAAUUAAAGAAAGGAAAGUAUAUAUAUCCAUUAUUUUUAUGUGCUUAUAUAAUCUGAAAUGACAAUGGAUUUUUAUAGGAUGUACUUAUGUUCAGGGGGCAGCGCCAGGGAUGUUAUCGGAGGGGUGGGGGAGAUGUCCUACAGGUGACGUCAUUUUUUUCAGUCAGCUAUCUAUAUCGGCUUUAUGGAAUUAUACGGCCUGUGUUUCUACUUCUUACACUCCCUCUCCUUUCUUCACCCGUCUCCCCCUCUUUCUUUUUUGUUAUCCCCCUCCCCCAUUUUCUUUUCCCUACAAAUAUCACAGAGGUUCACCCCCCCCCCGCCCCCGGUGCAGUCCCUAAGAAUAUCGUGUAUAUACAGUGCGUCCCAAAAAAAACUAUACGCUUUUGAAAUGGCUGCCAAAUAAUAAAUGGAGCACUUUGGGGGAAAAGACUUAUAAAUAUGGAAAGCCAAUAAAGUCAACUUUCAAAUGACACCAAAAAGUUGGAAAACUAUUCAUGCUUGAGCUUACUGCCCACUGAAACAAAGGGUAUGAAAAUUAGGGUGGGCCGGAAUUAGCCUUCCAAUUUCUUUCAGGUUUUUUUGUUUGGUACUUAAAAGUUGAGGGUUAUUUGGUGAAUUAAAGAUCAUUUGUGAUCAGUGUGUUGUUUGUGAAAAUUUAAUGCGUUAUUAAAUUGAAAUUUAAUGCAUGAGUGAUCAUGAAUUGC